CGUUAUUUGGACCUCGCGCUGUUUGGACGUUGAAGUUUUUUUCUGUGGCGCGUUGUCUUGUGCGAGAUUAUCAGAGUAGCAGCACAAAUAAACUAGCCAAUAAAGGAAGCAAACUACAGAAACAAGGAUCUAAUAACGGGCGUUGGGCAUUGCGCAGACGCAGCGUAAAACGGGAACACAAAUUUCUAGACAAAAAGGAUUCAGCACAGGUGUCUGCCACAAUCCAUGUACAGAGUUUGACUUCAGCAACAACAAAAGACUCAGUCCAAACACGAUAGAGAGAGAUGAAGGAAACCAAACUGAUGCAGGACCAAGGAGAGUCCACGGUGCUGGAGCUGCCCGAGUCGCUGCUGAAGAUCGCCAAGCGGGAGCUGCGCGAGGAUCGCUGCACGCGGGAGCAGAGCCUGGAGCAGCUGAGGAACUGGGUGAUGAAGAACGAGGACCUGCAGAAUGUGCGCUGCGAUGACACGUUCCUGCUGCGCUUCCUGCGCGCCAAGAAGUUCAGCGUGCCGAUGGCGGAGCAGACGAUGCUCAAGUACCUCAACAUCAGACGCACCUUCCCGCACAUGAGCACGCAGCUGGACUACCUGGAGCCGCGACUGGGAGAUCUCAUCGAUCAGGGGUACAUAUUCGCAGUGCCGCAGCGGGACAAGCACGGCCGGCGCGUGGUGAUCAUCAAUGCCAAAGGACUGAAUCCAAAGGUGCACACAGCCGCGGACCAGGCGAAGGCCCACUUCCUGACCUACGAGUGCCUGAUGGAGGACCAGGAGACACAGAUCACGGGGCUGUCGCAUGUGGGCGACUUCUCCGGCGUCUCCACGGCGCACGUGACCAACUGGAAUCCCACGGAGUUUGCGCGCAUCUUCAAGUGGGGCGAACAGUCGCUGCCGAUGCGCCACAAGGAGAUCCACCUGAUCAAUGUGCCCUCCACGCUGAAGUGGCUCAUAGACUUUGUGAAGAAUCGCGUCAGCUCCAAGAUGAAAAACCGCCUCAUCAUCUACGGCAGCGAGAAGGAGCUGAUGAAGGCCGUCGACGCAGGCUGCCUGCCCCUGGAGAUGGGCGGCACCAUGCCCAUGCGCGAGAUGAUCGCGCUGUGGAAGCAGGAACUGGCCGCCAAGCGGGACCUGGUGCUGGGCCUGGACAAGUGCACUCUGCUCUCCGAUCGCGGCAUCCAACGGCGCAGCAGCUUCAACUCCGAGAAGAGCGGCAAUGGGCCGAAUUUCGUCUCACAGAUCGAGUCCAUUGAGGGCAGCUUUCGGAAGUUGGAGUUUGAUUAGCUGCUAGUUACACCUCGCCCACCACAGCUCUAGUUUGUAGUUUUCGUAGUCCUAGGCAUCAUCCGUUCACGCAGCGCAUUGCUUUGCCGAUCCUUCCAGAGGAUCUCCGCUUCGCUUUUCGGUGGCACCCCCCGCUUUACUCAUCCAGCGCUUCUUUUGUAUACUCCCAGUAAAUGUGUCUUUUGGCGUACAAUAAACGAGAAGGAAUCACUUGGAAUC